AGCAAAGCCACCCAAACCACCCUCACCACCGCAACCAUGCCUGUACCGAGCGCUGACGAGCUGGCGCGGCGGAAGAAGCUGCAAAUCGGGCCUGAGACGGUGGGCAACCAGGCCUCGACCGACUUCCCAGGACACUGGCCGGGCGAGAACCACGAGUGGGACCUGGACCUCUUCAAGGAGAACUUCAGCGUCACCUUCCACUCGCACUCAACCCACGACACGCAGUUCUCGCUCGUCGGCCUCGACACGUCCGUCGCCAACGCCUUCCGCCGCAUCCUGCUCUCGGAGAUCCCCACGCUCGCCAUCGAGGAUGUCUUCAUCUACCAGAACACGUCCAUUGUGCAGGACGAAGUGCUGGCCCACCGCCUGGGCCUGAUCCCGCUCUGCGGCUCGCACGCCGGCCUCAACUGGAUGAAGUGGUACAGCAAACCGACCGACGACGACGAGGGCAGCGGCACCCCCAGCGACUACAACUGCAUCAUGCUGAACCUGCAGGUCGAAUGCACCUGGCAGGACGGCGGCCUGCAGCGCGCCGCAGCCGGCGAAACAGACCCGGACAAGCUCUACACCAACCACUCCGUCUACGCGCGUGACAUAGUCUGGAGCCCCAUCGGCAAGCAGCACGACAUGUUCGCCUCGGAACCCGUCCGCUCCACAAACCCCGACAUCCUCAUCGUCAAGAUGCGCCCGGGCCAGCAGAUAAACCUGAUGAUGCACGCCGUCAAAGGCAUCGGGCAGGACCACGCAAAAUUCUCCCCCGUCGCCACCGCAUCCUACCGCCUCCUCCCCACAAUCGACAUCCUGCGCCCCAUCGUCGGCGCUGACGCAAAGAAAUUCGCCCGCUGCUUCCCCCGCGACGUCAUCCGCCUCGACGCCAUCACCCCGCAGGACACCGAGAAGGACGUCGAACUCGCCGGCCAAGAAGGCCAGCUUAAAGCUGUUGUGAAUAACCCCAUGAAUGACAGCGUCAGCAGGGAGUGUCUGCGCCACCCGGAGUUCAAGGAUAAAGUCCGUCUGGGCCGUGUGCGCGAUCACUUUAUCUUUCAGGUGGAGAGCACGGGUCAGUGGGAUAGCGAUGAGCUGUUUUUGGAGAGUGUGAAGUUGUUGAGGGUUAAGUGUCAGAGGAUUAAGAGGGGGUUGGAUGAGAUGAUGAAGUGAAGUGAACUACUUUACUUUUCUUUUGGAGAGGGUGGGGUGUGGUGGGGCGAGGGGUUUCGAUGAGCAUUGCAUUGCAUGGCGUUUUUCUCUGUCUCUUUUUUUUUUGGAGGGGAUGGCAGGUACUGGGGAUAAAAGUCCAGUCACGAUAUAUCAUGAGGUGUAUCCAUCCAUCUAGUAUAGGGGGAUGAAUUGAAAUGAAUUGAAUCAACAC